AUGGCUGCAAUAGCGCCACCAAGAGAGCGUCUUUGGGUACUCGCCUGUAUGCUUCGAUGUGUGUGUGUGUGUGGGGGUAAACCCACCCUGCUACUCUGCUCCUCCUUCCUUGUUUUUGAAGAGCAGGCACAUGUAGAGUACUCGCGGAAAAUCUCCGUCACUCCCAGCCUCGUUGUUGCUCAUUUUUAUCUGCACAUCAAACAGCAGAAACACACGCUCGAGAAGAAAAACAGGUCGAAUAUGCGCCAGACUUCGGACGAAGAUAGCAACGCAUCGGACUACGACGAGGGCACCGAAACGACGGAGGAAGAGGCGUCUGAAAGUGGGUCGCAGUCGUCCCGUCGAUCUGGCGACGGGCUCUCCAUCCCGCUCCCUGGUAGCCCGCAGGCGUCUCCCGCCGCGGUCAUCUCCACAGCCGGCUGUAUAGACAGCGCUCCGUCACCGAGCAAUAUCAGCGCCUACACCCCCAUCCAAAGCCGUAACACCGACCGCGGCUGCCCAUCGCAGGGUUUGGCUGCCUUAACAAUGGAUAGCGCCACUCCGUCCGCUGUGCUUGGUGGCCAGCUCAUGACAAACAACCCCAAUGAUGAGCGGAUUGAGGUGCGCAACGCCGAGAACGUGGGGACCCCACGCGCGGUGCUUCGGCCGUCGUGUGCGGAGGAGGUGACCGAGGGUCGUAGCGGCGGCUUGGGGAAGCCAAUCGAGAAUGCACCGCACGAUGAGGCCAUUCCAGUGUCGCCCUCGGGUAGUCAGGUAGCGACGCCGAUGACAAUGAGGACGGGACAGAUGAUACCUCCGGAUGACGAUGAUGACGAUAGGGAAGAGGAGGGCGAGGAGGAUGAGGAGGACACUGAGCUCGAUGAGGGACGCGAGUAUCGCGCGGAGGGCUACGCCGGUCAGAAGCCCAUCGAUCUUACAGAAGCGGCGCCCUUGAUGCAGGCCGGCGAUCUACAGCUCGGGUACAACCCUGCCAAGUACAGUCGUAUCAACGCCACCGCCAACCGUGAGAUGCAGGACCUUUUCAAGCAGAUCAUGAAGUAUGAGCCCUUUACAGCGGAGCUGCCAGCCAAGCUACGGCCGUUUGUGCCGGACUACAUCCCGGCGAUCGGUGAUCUUGACCCCUUUCUCAAGGUUCCGCGGCCGGACGGAAUUCCAGAUGGCCUGGGCCUUGAGAUGGUCGAUGAACCAGCAAUUCCGCAGUCGAAUCCAGCAGUGGUGUUGCUGGAGUUGAACGCCACUAACGCUCACGGUGUUGCGGCAAACAUUGUGGAUUCACUUGAGAACGCGGCGAAUCGGCCGGAGGUGAUCGAUCGGUGGAUUUCCGACAUCAAAAAGGUACACUACAAGAAGGCACUACCGACAGUGAACUACCAACGACCCAUGCCUGACAUCGAGACGCUCAUGCAGGUAUGGCCGCAGCAGUUUGAAGAGGUUCUGAACUCUGACGUGGCUUUCCCUCCGUCGAACAUCAACCUCGACCUCGAUCAGUAUGUGCGGACGCUGUGCGCCAUCUUGGACAUUCCCACUUAUAGCUCCCUGAUUGACUCGCUGCACGUCAUGUUCACCCUCUAUGAGGAGUUCCGAUCCAAUCAACACUUCCAGCACGUUUGA